CGCUGCCACCACCGUCCCGGGCCUCGCUCCUUGGCGCCGCCGCCGCCGCCUUUGAGGCGGCCCCCGCUGCCGCAGCGGUGAGGACAUCUCCCCUCCUCCACCUUCCCCUCCUCCUCCACCUCCUCCUCCAUCACGAGUGCUUGGGAGGAGAGGCCUCGUCAUGGGCGAGUGGGGGCCGUGGGCCAACGAACAGGCGCUCGCCUCGGGCCUCAUCCUGGCGGCGGGGGGGCUGGUGGCGGUCGCGGGCCGCUUCAGCAGCUGGGGCCUCGCUGCCUACGCCGUCGCGGCCGGGGCCCUGGUCGUGCUGCUCGAGUACCCGCGCGGUCAGGCGGCCUCGGGCGGCACCGUGGAGCGCGACGGCCAGCGCUUGGUGACGGCGGCCGUGGCGGCCCUGGGCCCUCUGUCCAGGAGCUACUACGCGCGGGCCGCGCUGCACAUGUCCCUGGCCGUCCCCGGAGGCCUGCUGCUCUCUACCGUGCUGGGGGCCAUCUGCCUCGCUAUCGCCAGCCUCGUCUACCUGGUGGCGGCCAUAAAGGGCGAGGUGUGGAGGCCCGUCGGCAGCCGUGGAGUGGCAAGCUGGCGGGGGACGCGGAGGGAGCCGCCCGGAGCCCCUUCGCCCGUGGAGAUGGGACAGCUCAACGAGACUGCGGUGGUCGUGCCUGCCCUGGUGCACGCCACGGCGCUAGAUAUCAGCUCCAUGUAACACUAUUCUAUUUAAGCACCACCCCCCUUCCCACCGUUUCUCCGUUCUCUGCGGUGUUGGCAUGUGACGUGUGAACAGGCGUGUGGGAAUGAUUUGGAAUCUGGGCAGGCGAGAAGCCACUGGGGCGCCUUGUUAAAUAGCCAAGGGGGGAACCUUGAGGUGGCACAGUAAAUGGCUUGGGCCCCCUGUACAAAAGUUGAAAGUGCACCACUGUGCCUCCCUGCUGCUGGUGUUCCCACACCUAUGUUUUGCACAAGAAUAUGGAUGAAUCUGCAUAUUUUUUUAGGCAGAUGAGUGUUGACGAUAACUAUUAACUGUGGAUUUCUUGCCCAGCUUAAUCCAGUCUGAUUUUAUAAUUUUAUAAAGUAUUUCUAUAGCUAUUAUAUAAACCCGUAUGCAAUUAGCAGUGUUCACUUUUUACAUUUGCAAGCCACUGAACUGGCAAAUUAGUCUGUUGUACUCAAUACUGUAGUGCCUUUGUUAUACCUGAUAGUUUACCUUGCAUUCAUAUUAUAUGAUACUAGUUUACAAAGAGCUGUCACUUUGUUUUCAAUACACUUUGGCAUUUUAAACUGCGAGUGACAUUCAAAUUAUUCGACGACACUACCUGUGCUGUUCUGUUCCCUUUCUACAGUGUUAUCACUCGCCACAUAAGCUAGCAUAUUUUUACUUGCACCACCGAGCCUGCUGCACAUGGUUUUAAGGACAUGGGCAUUUGUAAGCAUCUAAAUUACUGGCUAUCCACCCACCCAUCACAGUGCCUUUUUCCUCCGUGUCCUCCUCAUGGGCUUGCAGCUGUGUGGCCUGAGUCCAGCGCAAGGAGAGCGUUGCCUGGAAGGAACCAAUAGCAGAGCAGAACCGCUGCUUGAUGCGCUGGAUAGCAGCACUCCAUGUGGAGGCACACUCUAAUGAUGGAGCUGUAGCGGGAUUAGCGAGGAGUGUGCGAGACCCCAGUUUCUGUUGUCCAUCACAGCUGUCUCAACUACCCUUGCCCUCAUUGUCUGGGGUGAGUGGAACACACCGUCAGGGGUCUAUAAAAUACUUUUGAGUGCUGCAUGAUAUUAAAAGUGCUUUAAUAUGUACAUCAUGAAGUUGCUUGACCUAUGCAUUUACAAUAAAGAUUAAUUAUAUAAUG